AUGAGUUUAGAGAUUCUCGAUUAUCUCAAACAAGAGAAUUAAUAAUUGUAAGAGCAAGUUCGUGAGCUCUAAGGAUUACUUUAAUUGAAUAAGUAAGCUUUGAAGGUUAUGAUGCCAUAAACAAGUGAUGAAUAACAUAAGGGACUAUUAACAGUAUUGAAGAAUUUGUAAGAAGAGAAUGAAACUUUAUAAAUGAAAAUAGAGAAAUUAGUUAAAGAGCGUAAUGAAGCUUAAUGUGAUUAAUUGAUCAAUCAACAAAUUACAGAAUAAGUAUAAAGAUAAGAGAAAGAAUUAAUUGCAUCAUUACAAUAAAAAAUGUAAGGAAUGUAAGAAAAUUUGAUGUCUGCUGAAAUUAAAUUAUCAAAGAUGGAAGAAUUAAAACCAGAAUAUGAUGAAAUUGCUGGAGUGGUAAUAAAAUUUAGAGAAGUUUGUGAUCCUGAUCUUAUUGGAUUAAAAAUGCAUAAUGAAAUACAAAUGUUAAAUGAAUAACUAUUAAUAGAACAGAAACAAAAAUAAAAAUUAAUAAAAGAGAAAUCAAACAUAUAAGGAUUAAAUUUAGUAAUAUUAUUAUGUUUAUUUGAUUAGAGAUUAAUGAAUGAAUUAUUACAAUAAAAAAGUUUAGCACAUGCUGGUAAUAAACUAAUAUUCAUGAAUUAAGAUCCAGAUCAAUUAGUUGAUUUUUAAGCAAGGGCACUUAAAUUAAUUAAUAAUUCUUCAUCUUCUGAAUCAGUUUCCUCUAAAUCUUCAGAGGCUCCUUUAGAUUCAAGUGAUUCACCUAAAAGAUUAUAAUUUUAAAUGAAUUCAACAAAGGGAACAGUAAUACCUAAACUUGAUUUAACAAGAGCCAAAUAAAUAUAAGAGAUUAAUGCAAAAAGAUAAAUGUAACAAACUUAAAAACCAUUAAAUGAUAUAUAAAGUAUGGAAAGAAUUUAAAAACUUGAAAAAGCAUUGGAUGAAUUGAGAAAGAAUCAUUAAAGAGAAAUGAUAUUAAAUAAAACUUUAUAAGCUCAUAAUGAUGAAUUAUAGAGAUGUUGUGAUGAGAUGGAAGUAAUUUUAAAUAAUAAAUUAAGCAUAGAAUAAAAUUAUUAACAAAUUCAAAUCUUCGUUAUUAAGAGAAAGCAAAAAAGAUGAAUGUAAAUUAUAGAUUCUUACAUUAAUUUUAUUUAAAUCAUAAAGAUUUAUUACCUACAACAUCUUUAAGUAGUAGUCAUUAAAGAUAAACAUCUGCAAAUUAAAUUGAAGAUGAAUAAUCUUAAUCUAAAUAAUUUGAUAUUGAUGAAAUGGAAAGUCCUAUUUAAAAAUAAAAUAAUGAACCUUUAAUAUAAUAAUAAUAAUUAACAUCUAAUGUUUAUUAUUAUAUACCAAAUAAUAAAGAAUAAUCAAUUAAAUAUUUAUUGUAAACAGCAUAAUAGAUAUAUUCAACAAUUUAUGAAAGAGUAGAUCGUGUAAUAUAAGAAGAACCAUAAUGUAAACAUAGAUUUCGAUCAUUUAGUGAGAUCAUAUUAAAUUGA